GAGGGGGGAGAGAUCUAAAAAAAAAAAAAUUUAAAGAGCAAAUGGAGACGGAUAUGGUGACAUGUGAUGAAGAUAUGGAAAAAGUACGUGAAUCCAUCCUUGAAUAUAAAGCCAACGCUACGAACAUGAAGGAAGAGAUGGAUGGGAUUGAUGCAGCGGUUGUGGAGACGCAUGCACAAUUGGACAACGAACGACGUAUCUUGAACGCUCAUAAUGAAGAGUUUAACGAAUUAUGUACCAUCCAUGAACGUAAAUCAAAGGAAUGUGUCGAACUCAACCUGAGAAUACAAAAGAUUGCCCAUGAGAAUGAACGAUUCCAAAAGGAAAGAGCAACUUCCGAACAGACAGUGAAGGAAAUGGAAGUGCAACAUGAAUGGAUUGUAGAUGAAAAGCAAAAUUUUGGAGAAGCGGGGACAGUGUAUGAUUUCCAAAAUAUGAAUCUGGGAGAUAUCAAGAAGCAACUUUCACAGACAAGUGCUAAACAUGAAUCCUUACGUAAAAAGAUCAAUGUGCGUGUGAUGAAUAUGAUUGAUAAUGUUGAAAAGAAGGAAGUGGCCUUAAAGGAAAUGUUAUCGACCAUCCAAAAGGAUAAGAAGAAAAUUGAAGAUACCAUUGUCACACUUGAAAAUUACAAGAUGGAGGCACUCGAAAAGACAUUUGUCAAGGUGGAUAAAGAUUUCUCGGAUAUUUUCGGUGAUCUCCUGGACGGAAAUAAGUGUAAAUUACAAGCACCUGAAGGAAAAUCAAUUUCAGAAGGAUUGGAAGUCAAAGUGUGUCUGGGUGGUGUUUGGAAGCAAAGUCUGACUGAAUUAAGUGGUGGACAAAGAUCCUUGAUUGCCUUGUCAUUGAUCCUGUCACUGCUUCAAUUUAAGCCUGCACCAAUGUAUAUUCUCGAUGAAGUGGACGCAGCUCUUGAUUUAUCCCAUACCCAAAACAUUGGUUCUCUGUUACGUACACGAUUUAAAGGAUCCCAAUUCUUGGUGGUAUCUCUUAAGGACGGUAUGUUUAAUAACGCCAAUGUUUUAUUCAAGACACGUUUCAAGGAUGGUACUUCUGUAGUCGAGAGAACUACACCUUAUCGUAAGGAAGUGGAAGCAUCUAGUAAUAGAAAGCGUGGAAGAACAGAUAAAGAGAACCAACCUGCAGCUGUUUGAGAAAAGAAAAAUAAAAGGGGGGGGCCUUUGGUGUAACGAGGU